AUGAGACCACCCAGAGGUGGUGGCCCAAACCAUGUUGGUCCAGUUAUUCCCGCAACAACAAAUCUCCCUUUCCCUCAAUGUGCUCUAGAUGCUCUGGCACAAGUCUCAAAACACGUUCGGUUAGCUGGACCUGCAAGAAAAAGAACUUUAGCACCUCAGUAUGCUGAAUGGCAGCCUCUAAUUGACAAUGAUAUAUUUUGCUUAACUAACGAUAGAACUACUACAAGAUUGUCUUCUCUUCAACAAUUUGCUUUACUUAGAGUACUUGCUCAGUUCUUCACGGAAAAGUCAGAAGAUUCCAGUAAAAACGCCUAUUUCGAAGCUAUUUUUCUAGGCCGUCAAGGCGAUACUAUUCUACAUGAAUACAGAAUACAAGUGCUUUUUCGAUUAGCUUCAUUUGCAUUACAAGUUCCUGUCCUCCAUCUGUAUAUGCCUAUUUCACAAUGGCUUUCCAAGGAAAGCACUAGUAGAGCGUACGCAGAAGUUUUCAUAAAGAUGUUGGUUGAGCAUUUCAUAUUCCCGGCAUACGACAAGCAACUUUACCAGUUUCUUCUUCCUCUUGAUUUGAAGUGCCCCGAGUUCACUGUGUUUUUCAUCACGUACGCUCCCAAGUUCGCCGAUAUGACUUCUCCCAUGGUUGUAGUUUGCGGAGAUUAUUUUGUAAAAAAUAAUAACUACAUACUAAAUCAAUUCAGAGAUUCAACUUCACUCGCGAGGGAGUUUGUAAAAUUUGCUUUUCCGAAGUAUCUUACUUAUCUCGUUAACGAACAAAACGUCAUUCCUGCCACUGUAAAUCUAAAUAUGGGCGUAUCGGAGCUACUCAGAAAGUGGCAUACUAAAGUACGCGAUGUUCAGCUUGACACAUCGUAUUUGUGGAAUCCAAUUGCUCCCUGGACUAAAACUAGAUCAGAUUAUUUAUUAGCAGAACUGGGCCGUAAUCAAUCCAGACGAGAAAUCGUAGCAGAGAAUUUAUUACCGUUAAUAACUCACAUGCCGAGCAAUUUUGAGAAAGCCAAAGAGCUGAGGGACGCUGCGACCAAAAUCGAGUUGAUCAGGAAACAGAAGAGAUCUAGAAACCAUGCCAAAGAAAAAACUGAUGAAAUGAUGGAUAUAGAUCUAGUGGACGACACUGGUGAUCUCUCGACAAAGAAGCAAAAUCAUGAUGAACGUUCGAAUUCCGCGAAGCGCCCGAACAUCAGAAGUAAAAAAGUUGCCGAGCCAUAUAGAAAAGGAACAUCACCAAAUAAGAUUGGGAAGCAUACCAAAUCAGAACCAACCAAGAAGAGUGUUGCUGUGAACAGAGUCAUACCAUCACCUGCAUCACCAGAUGCUGAAAUCCCUCCAGCAGCCUCGCCUCAAGCUGAAAUUCCAAUGUCUAAUCAACGAGAAAUACCGCCACCAGCAUCGCCACAGGAUGAAUUACCUCCUGCAGCCUCUCCAGUUGCAGAAAUUCCACCUCCAGCCUCUCCCGUUGAUGAAAUUCCACCUCCAGCUUCUCCAGCGGCCGAAAUUCCACCACCGGCAUCGCCUCCAGCGGAAAUCCCUCCACCUGCAUCGCCACAGGAUGAAUUACCUCCUGCAGCCUCUCCAGUGGCAGAUAUUCCUCCUCCUGCUUCGCCGGUUGCGGAGAUUCCUCCCCCAGCUUCACCAGUUGCUGAGAUUCCUCCAUCAGCUCCACUGGUUGAGAUACCACCACCAGCUUCACCACAAGAAGAGUUACCUCCUCCUGCUUCUCCCGAAGCUGAAGUUCCUCCUCCCGCUUCGCCACCAGCCGAGUUACCUCCACCAGCUUCUCCUGAUGCUGAAGUGCCUCCUCCGGCUUCUCCGGAACCUGAUAUUCCUCCUCCAUCAUCCCCGGUGCAUAUGGAACCUUCUCCUCUGAAACAAAAGGUUAUUCCGAUGUGA